UUGAUAGAUGUUUUUUUAUUUGAAUCCCUAGGCGCCGUGGAUAUUAUCAUAGGAAAAUCAAACCGAGCUAAAAUGUUAUUACUAACGCCAAUAAACCUAGCCUCUAUAUGUCGCUUCAUAUCAGACUUCUAUUUUAUACUCAUGAGGAAUUAUAUUGAAAAUGUAGUUUGAAAUAUUAUUUUACUAUCGAACACGAUCGAACUUUACGACAUAACGCAUGCAGUGUGGCUCAUACAGUAUCUGUGAGACCCUAGGUAUAUUUUUUCAGCUUCGCAUAGCCCCGCAAGCUCAUCCUGUCCAGCCAAAAAGCAAUUCCAUUCAAAAAAUUCCCACCUUUUUAUAUAUAGGGAGAUCCGCGCAAUGCGACUCUUACACACUACACGCCUCGAGCUGGAAGAGUUCCACGGUAGUCAAAUUCCUGUGUAUGCGAUUCUAAGCCAUACCUGGGUCGACGGCGAAGAAAUCAGUUUCCAAGAAUUCACCGAUCUGCAUUCGUCAAAAACGACUAAAUCCGGGUUUCAGAAGAUUAGAGGGGCUUGUGAAGUUGCGAAAAGGGAUGGGUUUGAGUGGAUUUGGAUCGAUACGAAUUGUAUCGAUAAAUCGAGCUCGGCGGAAUUAACCGAGGCGAUUAAUUCUAUGUAUAAUUGGUACUGUGAUUCGAGUGUUUGUUAUGCUUAUUUGGCUGAUGUGGGGGAUACUGGGUGUUUGAGGAAGGGGUUGAAGAGGAAAUAUGAUGAUGACCCUUUGCGGUUGUUUAGGCAGAGUAAGUGGUUCCGUCGUGGGUGGACGCUGCAGGAGUUAAUUGGUCCCCGAUGUUUGGUGUUUUACGAUGCGUCGUGGCGUCGUAUUGGGGAUCGUGCUGGACUCGCGGAUGAGAUAUCGGCGCUUACGGGGAUUGAUGCUUCGCUGCUACGGCGGGAGAAAGAAACAAGUCUCGGCGCGGUGAGUGUUGCGAAGAGAAUGUCGUGGGCGGCGCGAAGGCUAACUACGCGCGCGGAGGACGUGGCGUAUUGCUUGCUUGGUUUGUUCGAUGUGAAUAUGCCGUUAUUAUAUGGCGAAGGCAGCGCAAAGGCGUUCAUACGAUUACAAGAGGAGAUUAUAAGGACUACUAACGAUCAUACUGUUUUCUGCUGGAGUAGAAGCAGUGGACAUGUGCCCGAAGAAUGGACUAGUAUGCUGGCCCCGUCACCCGCUGCGUUCCGUGACGCGGGUGAAUAUGUCACAAUUGAUGCCUGGGAAGCUCCGAUGCCGUAUUCGAUGACGAAUUUAGGGUUGUCGAUAUACCUUCCCGUCGUUUAUACAUUAACACAAUUGUUCGUUGUUCUCGAUGCCGGACUUCUAAAUAAACAUCCGGAUAUGAGGGCUUGUAUCGCGAUGCAACGAACGAACCAGAGACGAUCAGGUUCGAAUAUCUUAGAUAGGAGCCGGUUCCUUGAGAGCCCAGCUAUUCUAUCAAAAGAUGCGACGGACACAAGGGAGAGGUAUAACCUGUUUAUCAGGUCCCGACACACGCCGCAACCAGGAAGUCCGUACAACUCAUACGGGCUUCCUGUGUUCAAGCACGGUAUCUUAUUAUUCGUUGACCCAACAGCAUCUCGUCUCCUAUCAACAGGCAAACGGGGGGCGCCACUCGGGGCUGUUGGUUACGAUAUUGAGACGUAUCCACAUGGAAUAUUUGACGAAUACACGGCUCUAUUACGACUACCAGCUUUCGAAGGUGGUAGCUCGCUUUUAACAUCUGGACUGUUACGAAUAUGCUUCAAGUCUCCCCAAGAAACCGACUUCUACUUGUUCUUCGCUGUAAUAACGACAUUCGGCGGGAGGGAAGUUUGGUAUUGUGGCGUGUAUUCCACGGAAGAUUUCCGGUUUAUCAGACUUGCUAUUCAGGAGAACACCGAGGAGGGUGGUGCACCGAUACAAGAGGAGGAACUUAUACAUAGCUAUUUGCGCAGCGAGGCUUGGGAGAAGCGCUGUAAACGGUUAACAGCUCACACCUUAGAUGAAUCGCUCUUUGUCUCUAUCGGAGGCACGAUGGCCCUAGAACCCGGAACCGAUAUCAGGGCCGCUAUGCUGUCCGACAAGUCCGAAUCCCCUUAUUCGAUCCCCGUGAGCGCAACGGAUAUUAGUGGUAUUGUUGAUGAGACGGACGAUGAUGACUACGUGGGCAGCGAAGAAGAGAUCGAAGACUGGGACUCAUCCAACGAGGAAGAGCAAGAGGGCGACAGCGACGUAGUUACGGAUAAGGAUGUGAGUAGGAUACCUAGAUGGGACACUCAGAGCUCGGCCGAGAGUUCUCAAGCUCUGUCAUCUGCAUCAUAAUCGCAUGAACUUUCACCGCUGCUCCAGCCCCUUUCUUCCCUGAAUGUGGAGUCUGAGAGACCUCGUGUUCUCAGGUCCGUUGAGUUUGACGUUAGCCGCGUUUCUCUAGUGCAACUUUUUCUCUCGAUCCGGCAGUCUUUUCCGUGGAAUGAGGCUCGAUCCC